UGUGUGUGUGUGUGUCGCACGGAUAGGAUGGAUGGCGAGGCAGGAAUAAGUGCAUGCAAGUCCGAUGCAACCCCUAGGCCGUUGGGAAAAACGUGGUGGUGCACCGUUCCAUCGUCGGUUGUGGCUUCCACAAACCGCGCAUCCAGGGUCCCCGAGGCACCAAAUCUCAUGACCAGCACUCGAGCUUCUUAUCACAAGUCGUGGGAUUGUCAAGGAGCGACGCUGGAAUCGUCUGAAGCAUCCACUUGGGAGGGGAGAGUCAGCAGUAGCUGCAAAGCUAACUCCGCAGUACUUGUACAAGCCCUGACCCAAGCGAUCCUCCUGCAUUGGCAGCUACUAAUUAUGGCUGUGAGCCAGCGUCAACUGCUUCCGACGAAAACACCCCAUUCGAGCUAUGACGUGUACCAUGUCCUCGUCCCCAGGGCCCCGCGAAAGCAGGCCGUGCUCUCUAUGCGCGAGAGAUUUGACAAUGAGCACCGGCGGAACCCUCAGAAGCCCGAAACUUGGGAAUGGAAAUAGGGAAUAGGCCAUGGUGUUAUUUCAUCGGGCGCGAGUCACUGGGAUUCCAAGAAAUGAAGCGAGCGACGCACGAGGGUUGGGCCAUCGGCAGCAGAUUCCCAUGUACGGUGCCAAUACCAAUAAUAAUAAUAGAGGAUCGGGCUGCCGAUCGCAUCCACUGCUGCCCCAGAACAGUCAGGCACUGACAGUAAGCAGGGCGGGCAGGCUCAGGAACCGUAGUUAAGGUUCAGAGUAUGACGCGGAGUAGAGCCUUGCC